AAUGUCUGGCUGGUGUCCUAGUUGUUUGUUGCUUUUGAGUUGCUUUUUUGACUUUACUUUGGUUUUGCCAGGUGACUUUGGAUCACCUGGGCAGUUCUUGGAUUUAUCCUGUCUCUGUUGAUCUUUUGGCUUGGUAAAUUUUGGCUUGCCUUAUUCCUGCUGCUGGUUCAGCCAAGGAGACUGAAGGAAUAAUUAACAUAUACGAGCUGCAUUUACAAGCUGGAAAAUGUGUGUGCUUUACCUUCUAAACAGCCUGAUGCCUUGCUGAACAUGAAGCAGAAUCAAAGUGGAGGAGGAAAGCCCUAAUCUCCAUGGAAAACAUAUUUGUGGAAGCAAGGGAAUAGCUGGCAAAGUUCUACAUGCCUGAGAUGAACUGUGCAAUCUGAGUGCACUCUCUGGACAGCACUUAGUAGUGACACUUGAUUGAUGUUCUAAGGCUGGCAUCAGUACCAUGAGCAGAACAAGCUUGCCUUUUCCCAAAGGGCAGAAAAGGGAGAAAAACAGAAAGCAUUUGGUUUGAAUGCCUUCUACUAUCAAGAUCAGCUCAGCCUUCAGUACACUCAUGGGCAUGGGCUUUGUGUCUCAAGUAUGCAGAAAUAACAGCCACUCCUGAGGCAAACCCAGCAGUGACCUUGCAUAAGCUCCUCUUCGUGUGUGCUUUUUUCCAGAUGUUUUCAAGAAGCUGUGGUAGAAGUGGUUGAUGCCUCUGGACAAUUGAAGACCAGGAAAUUAAAAGCAAAAGUCUGAGACCAAAGCMAGGAAGACCUCCCUCUGAGAACAGCAAGGGAGGAGAUGGCUGCAAGGUGGACCCCGGGACCUAAAUGCUUUCRGACAGGAAGAUGUAUUCGGGGCUGAACAAACACCCCAAUAGGGGUGGGUUUAAGCCGCUUCCUGUGGUCAUCAUAGGGAAUGGACCUUCAGGAAUCUGUCUGUCCUAUUUGCUGUCAGGCUAUGUCCCUUACUUCAAAAGAGAUUCUCUUCAUCCUCAUUCCAUUCUGCAGAGGAAACUGGAAGAGGCACCAGAUGUGUCCAUAUUGGACCAGGAUUUGGAGUACCUGUCUGAAGGGUUGGAAGGACGAUCCCACAGCCCAGUGGCUCUUCUCUUUGAUACUCUACUGCGUCCGGACACGGACUUCGGCGGAACGGCAGAAUCUGUCCUUACUUGGUGGCACGAGGCCAAUAGAGCUCUCCCGCACCUGGUCCUUGGCAAAAACCCUCCUGGAGGGGCUUGGCAUUCUAUCGAAGGAUCGAUGAUUACCCUGAGCAGAGGAGAGUGGAUGGGGCUGCCAGACCUCCCGUUCAAAGACUGGUUGAGGCAAAAGAGAAGAGGCCUGAGAAAUGAUAGAGCCACAGCAGGAGAUAUUGCUCAAUAUUACCAACACUAUGUGAUGAAGAAAGGGCUGCAGAAGAACUUCAGAUGUGGGACUUUUGUGACCUCUGUGAGGAAAGUGACUACAGAGAGUAUCUCCAACCACGCACAGAAGGAGGGAAGUGACUCCCUAUGGAACCUCACCRAGGAAAAUAUGGAGGUCUUCAAGGUGGAUGGAUUUUUCAAAAAUGGGGAAGGUGAUAAGGAACCCUUCUCCAUCUAUGCAGAGAAUGUGGUCUUAGCUACAGGAACGUAUGAUAGGCCCACUUGGCUUGGAGUCAAGGGGGAGAACCUUUCUUAUGUCCAUCACCAGCUCUCUGCCCUGGAGGAAGCAGUGAAGGACGGCAGCAUUAGCAUCAUGUCGGAUCCCGUCUUGAUUGUGGGUGCUGGUUUGACAGCUGCCGAUGCGAUUCUCUUCGCCCACUACUGCAACAUUCCAGUAAUCCAUGCUUUUCGGAGAAGAGUCAAUGAUCCCGGUCUUAUUUUUAACCAGCUCCCCAAAACGAUGUAUCCUGAAUACCACAAAGUGCAUCAGAUGAUGAAGGAACAGACUGCUGCUUGUUCUGGGCCCUAUGAGUGCUAUGUUAGCCUUCCUGAACACCAGGUGCUGUCCUUUGGCAAGGACAAGAAAUGCAUCCUUCAAGAUGGGAAUGGCUACCAGAAAGUUUAUAAAAUUUCCAUGGCUCUUGUACUAACGGGCUCAAACCCCAAUCUUUCCUUCCUGCCAAAUAAUGGCAUUGACUUGGCAAUGGACUGUGACCAACCAGUCAAUCCCAAGAGGAACCCCAUAGAUGUUGASCCAUUCACCUAUGAAUGUGCUCAGGAGAAAGGGCUUUAUGCUCUAGGYCCCUUAGCUGGGGACAACUUUGUACGCUUCGUGCAGGGAGGGGCUCUGGCAGUUGCCAGCUCCCUCUUAAAGAAAGCAAAUAAAAAUCCCCCCUAAUGAAAAGCGUCCCCUCCCUCCAUGCUAACAAUGUCUCAGUGGGUUCCUGCUGUUUUCCUAGAGGAGCAAGACAAUGUACACCUCAAAUGUGAAGUCCCCACUCCUGGUUUCCAUCAAGGUUAUACAGGGAAUCAUCAGGUUAGCRAGUUCCUUGGGCAGAUGAAGCCACCAAAGGCACAGAGCAGGCUCCACACAGGGACACCCYGAACCCGAGGGGAUUUGGCUCUUUCCCUGCAUGGCUGUGCAUAAAGGCUGAAUCUUGUGCUGCAAAGRUGGAGAGCACGUGACUGCUCCAUACUGCACCUCCCAGGCUUCCGAAAAUAGAAUUGGGGAACAAAUGUUGAUUAUUUCUCGGACAGCAAGCAGGUAAUCCUGUGUCUGUCGGUGUCUCUCUGUCCAGUGUUUUGGGAUGAAACAAAGUGAGUUGGUUGCACUUGCUCCUGUGGUUCAGCUCUGAUCUUAUCAGGCAAAUUACUGAAAGAUGCGGGUAAAUUUUUGGCACUUAGAGUGGUACUCUGUGAAUAAAAACUGACAUAGAAGCACAGUCUAAACCAUAUUUUCUUACUGAUGAUAUCAGCAACAUGCUAUUUUUCUAUUUCUUGACUUUAUUUUUUAGUUCAAGAGUUUGUUUUCUUCUGAAAAGCCUUCGGAAGUGAUGGUACUGCCUUACAAACACCCACUUUGCCCUCCUACAGCACUUUGCUUGCUGACUCCUAAAACUGCAGUGCCGCCUUCCCAGCGGCUGCUCUAAAGACAGCAGAAUUAGAGGGAGCUGCUGCCUUGUCUUAAUUCUGUCCAUGAUUUGUGUGGGAUUUCUGCUGCACAGGUUCUUGCAGGGAAAAACAGUAUGUURUAGUAUGAAUCCCUUAUCUAGUGUGACUUUUCACACUUCUUUUGCUGUUUAUGAAUUUAAGAKUUGUAUUGGCCAAGCACUUUGUUAGGGACUUUCUACUGGGUGGGACUGGUGUCUCGUGGUGCAAACCUCACUCUUGAUUGACCUACAGGACUUUCCAUACCUCUCAAUGGAAAAAAAUAAGAAUCGUGGUUCAUGUUACUCAAUAAAACUGUGCUCCCUGUGGUGCACUGAAACUCACUGGCAUGACAGGAUACUACAGAAUGUCUCUGGAAAGUGCGUGGGGACAGUGGCAGUUUGCUGUGACCUUCACUGGUUGUUCAGGGAGCUAUGCAAGGAACUUGUUUGCAGUGUUGUAUCUCAUGGGAAUAUUUUCAUCA